CGAUCUCUGCGGGUGAAAUGAAAUACGUGCUAGCAGACAAAGUGGCUGUAAGGUGUUCUUCGCUAACGCUAACGUAUUAUAACACUUAAAUAUACAGUAUUUCAAUGGUGUAAUGUUGUUUAUUCUACAUUUCUGUAGUUCGUGAGAUAUUUUACUUGUCUCCUACAAUUCUUGAUGAUGACACCUCUUGCUACAUAAAGAGUACGCACAUUUGUCGUCCGGAAAAUGUCUGUAUAUUCUUUGACUGCCAAGCUUAUAACUACAUGUUGGAAUUCGUAGUUCCGCCGUCAAUUCCGUAUUCAUUACUGCUCUCGACCUUUAAAAGUACCCUUUUAUCCUCAUUUCUGGUCGAAUUUUUCGAGUUUUAAUGUGUGGUUACUAUUAUCAUUUUCUUUGCUACCUCCGUGCUCUUUGCAUGUAGUAGGAUAAAUUGAAUAUGGCAGCCUCCGAUGUUAAAAGUGAUUACUCGGACUGGAGAAAAACAAUAAUUUUGCGGCUACAGAAUAGGAACAGAUCACAGCGCAUUUGUUUCCAGGACCUUAUAUCGUUUCACAAUAGGCUGUUCGAUAGUUCUAAUGCAUUGCGAGGAGAAAAUCUUCAGCUGACAGUACAAAAUGAGAAGCUGCGACAAGAAAACUUUGAACUCCACAAUCGAAGUGGCUCAGGCAAUGGGAAACCUAAUGAGAAGAUUCAAGCGUUGGAACAGAAAUUACUACAUCAACAGGAAGAGUUGACAGAAUUGCAUCGACGUAAAGGAGAGAAUGCCCAACAGCUUAUCGAUUUAAACCAAAAAUUGCAAGAGAAAGAAAAGCAGCUACAGGCUCUUGCAGGGAGCUUCGCAGACAGUGUCGCUGUAAAUACUACAUUAAGAGCUGAAAUACAGAUGUACCAGAAUAACAUAAAAGAACUUGAGAAUCUGAAUCAGAUGUUGAAAGAUGAACAUCAAGCCUUACAGUUAGCAUUUGCAUCUCUGGAAGAGAAAUUGAGAAAAGCACAGGAUGAAAAUCGUGCUUUGGUGGAAAGACUCAUAAGAUAUAAAUCUAAAGAUGCAGAAAAGAUGAAUGAAGAAAAUGAAAAUUUUGUACGCGAUGGGGCCUUUAAUCCAACUGCCUUUCUGAUACAAACACUUGGGCUGUUUGGGAAAAAGCAGGCCAAAUUACAGAAAGAACUAGAAGAAGCUGCAAAGGAUACUCGGGCUUUAUCGCCCGAUAGAUUGAGAGAAACUGGUGCUGCUGGUGCAUUCUUUGCAAGUUCUGUUCCUAGUAGAGUCUUAGUGAAGUUUGAUGCACAUGAUGGAGAUGUAAAUGCUGUGAAGUGGAGCCCUGUGGAUCGAAUUUUGGCCACUGGGGGAGCUGAUAGGAGAGUAAAACUUUGGGACUUAUCAAAAGUUGGGCAGUUCGAAAGCAAAGGCAUGCUUGUCGGAAGUAAUGCAGGAGUUAUGUCGGUGGAUUUUGACUCGACAGGGGCCCUCAUUCUCGGAGCAUCAAGUGAUUUUGCCAGCCGGGUGUGGACCAUCGCCGACCAGCGGUUAAGGGUAAGUGGGCCAUUCCAUUCAAUGCCAGAUAUUUUGCAUGCUCUCUGCGUAACAAGCACCCUGCAUACCCUCACUGGCCAUUCUGGAAAAGUUAUGGCUGCUAAGUUCCUGGGAGAACCAUCCAAAGUCGUCUCUGGCAGUCAUGACCGCACGCUUAAAAUUUGGGACCUGAGGAGUAAAGCAUGUAUCGAGACAAAGUUUGCUGGAUCUAGUUGCAACGAUCUGGUUACAACUGACAGCGCUGGGACGACCAUCAUUAGCGGUCACUUCGACAAGAGGAUUCGCUUUUGGGACACCCGGUCAGACACUACCUCCCGUGACAUCCUGCUUCAGGGGAAGGUCACGUCGCUUGACCUCUCGCGGGAUGCCAUCUUCCUGCUAGGCUGUGUUAGAGACGACACCAUUAAGGUCCUUGACCUUCGGAUGAACCAAAUCAUCUGCUCCUUUAGCGCGGAAGGAUUCAAAGUAGGCUGUGACUGGUCCCGAGCUGCCUUCAGCCCCGACGGCCAGUAUAUCGCUGUAGGCUCAGCGGAUGGCUCGGUGUUCAUCUGGAAUGUGAGCGCAAACAAAUUGGAGUCUGUGCUAAAGGAACACUUAUCUCCAGUGACGGCCGUAGCAUGGGAUCCCUACAACUCCUUUCUGGCCAGCGUGGACAAGAGCAAGAAGACCAUCGUCUGGGGGGAAGGCUGACCUGCGCAGUAGCGGCUUCACUCGCUCCCAGGAGCGGCAGUCCUCAACAUUUCGUGAGGCAUUCUGUGAUCUGAUUGUUCAGGGUUAUGCGAAUGCAAAAAUCUGUGCUUUGCUCGUUGUGGUCGCUGAACUACUUAAACCUUUGCAUACUACGGGCCUAAGGUUCUAUCUUUCUUCAAUGUUUCCCACGCCCUUCAUGCAACACGUCGUCUACCCCAGUUCAAGUAUGUUUCUUGUAAUUUACGUCUGUUAAGGUCUCACAAUGUUGGGUUUUAAUGAUAUAGAUAACAUUUUUCUUGUACCUUAGAGUUCAAUUUUCUCGUAUAUAAUUUAGUUUCGUUAUAACCACAGGCAAACUGUUUGGUGAGCGAACGUUACGAGCGGCUCGUGCGUGUCUCGGCCACUCCAUUUAUCUCAGGUUUUAGUUUUGGACAGCAAGUCAUGUAGUUCAGUCCAUAGUCAAAUGCGUUUUAGUUACUAGUAUAAUCGCUGUCAUUUUCCUGGAAUUGUGACGUCAGCUACACGUUUAGUCGUCAGCCGAUCACAAUCCAUUUCUCAACAUAAAUUUCAUCUGUGUGCUUCAAAAUAUUCCAGCUCAGAAAUUCACAUGCAAUACAGCAGCUGAUAUUGUGUUUACUGAAUUUCUUAUGCAUAGAAUUAUUCCGAUUUGCAUCAACUAAGAUAAGACUGACAUGCAAGGUGGAUGUUCAAUGCCUGUGAAUUAUUUAUGUUACGUAGUCCAGCACAACAACCGUUGUAUACUUUCAUUUAAAAAUAUCUCUUCAUUUCGUAUUGUAUUUGGCUUGAAUCUGUGCGUUUUGCCUACGCUUCUAGCUUGCGUGUACGAGGAAAUCAAGCGCAUAUACUAUACAAACCAAAAACAUUACAGACGUAGGAAAUAAGACAGCGAGUUACAAAGUACUGUCGGUGGGAAAUAAUGUAUUUUGUUUGGACUUUAUAUUAUUCCUUGUAUGGUACCCUCCCGCGCCUCUGAUCGCCAUGCCUUUUACUUCUAACGGACAUGGAACGCACAGAUCCGGCCCGACUACAGAACUACAGCAGUUGUUCUAACUGAUGGCGUUGUUGGUUUGUGCAUGUCAUCUUUACUCUUUAUUUACCCUGUUCCUUGUUCAAUACCUUCAUUUCUGAACGUGUCUGUAUUCCACUAAAUUGUUUUUCUUUUUACGAAAGCUGUAUAACCUUGAACCAACACCUGGCUCUUGGUCGGUUGAUGCACAACAGACGAUGUAUUUCUAUACGAAGCGCUUAAACGACGAUCAGCAGAAAAGGGCGUACGGAACAAGAAAAAUAUUCGAAAGCAUUGAGCGUUUACUUUCUAUGUUCCGUUCAGAAAAUUGACGUCUCUUGACAGAUAAAGAAUGUGCGUGUUUUAUCGCGAAAUCAUGUUCGUUUGUUUUUAAAGAAUUCAGAUAACCUCAACAUGCCGGCCGCAGUGGCCACGCGGUCUGAGGCGUGGGCCUUGUGCC